AUGGAUGUUAUUAACAAAUUCUAUUCAACUGUACACACAACAGUGUCACAACUGUCCAAUGCCCUCCCCGGGAAUAUGGUUACCCGUGAAUACGAAGUAUUAGAUCAAGUGUGCACGGCUGGGGUGGGUCUGCUGUGGAAAGUCUAUAACGGGUAUAAGAAAUCCACGAAACAGGAAGUAUCGGUGUUUGUAUUCGAAAAACGGUCGCUGGAUCGAUGGUCUAAGGAGGAUCGAGAGGCUAUAUUGGAAACAUUGCGUCGUGGUGUACAACAGCUAACAAAAAUACGCCAUCCCCAUGUGCUGACGGUGCAACAUCCUUUGGAGGAAAGUCGUGACUCAUUGGCAUUUGCAACAGAACCCGUUUUCGCCUCCCUAGCUAAUGUGGUGGGAGAUCAGGUGAGGGCGGAGAAGAAGCUUUACGAUGUCGAAAUACGCCAUGGUCUCCUUCAACUGUUCGAUGGUUUGCAAUUCCUUCACAAUGAUGCCAAAAUUGUUCAUCGUAAUAUUUGCGCCGAAACGAUUGUCAUCAAUAAGAAUCGUAGCUGGAAAUUGUUUGGUUUUGAUUUUUGUGUUGCCAAUCAACCACAACCGGAUGGUAAACCCUAUUGGCCAUGCAAGGAGUAUUCGACAUCGAUGCAUAUGUUGGCACAACCCAGUUUGGAAUAUACGGCACCUGAAAUUGCUUUGAAUAAUAUCAAUUCGACGGAUAGUGAUUUGUUCUCCUUGGGUAUUCUAAUAUUUACCAUCUAUGCUGGUAAACCAUUGAAAUUAUUCGGUUCAGAUUAUAGUGCAUUCCGAAGGCAUGCCAAUGAUUUAAAUCAACGUAAGUAUCCACCCAUGAAUGCGGUAC